AUGCGGAUAUUGCAGUCAGUUUGCAGUCUGGAUGAUGUUAUCAUGAAGAUGUCCAAGAAGUCUAAUUCCAAAUUUAAAAAGCAGAAGGCUUCGAAUAAAAACCAAAACUUCUUGAAUGUGGGUUCUAACGUAGGGAAUGCAUCAAAGGUGUGCCGUUUUAUGGAUUCCAGAUCCUCUGUGAGACAGGGUUUUCUUGCUCAGAGAAGGUCGAAUUUCCAAGGGAAUCAGUUUCCUUUAACCACUGAGGCUAUCAAGACGGCUGCAGCUGCUCCCGUUCAUGCCAGAGCUCUUGGUUGUAGUAGGAUGUUUAAUUGGAAUAAGCCAAAGAGUGAAUCUUUAGCUUGGACAGUGAAUGUCGCAUUUAGUGUUGGUUAA